GCUCAGGCGUCAGGGCUUCGUUCCACCAAUCGGAAGCAGCGCGGGCAUCGGUGGGCGGGGCUAUUGCGGCGUUUGGAUUUGUGGCGGGCCCAAAAUGGCGACUGAGGCAGCGAGUCGCGCUGGCGAUGAGAGGGCGGCCGCUGGCGCUGCUGUUGCGGCUCCUCCGAGCAACCCCGGCCGGGAGCAGCUCUUCGACUUCAUGAUCGACCUUUUCUUACAGAAGACAGAGGAAGCCGGCAGCUACCAUAGGUUUGUGAAGUGCUACAGUCGUCUCUACAGAGCACAGCCUGAACUUACAAAGUGUGUUUACAAUCAGUUUAUCUGCCAUCUGCAAACUUCCGUUCGGGAGGAAAUCCAAGAGCUGAAGGAAGAAGGGAAUCUCAGUGUGCUGUUUGGAUCGCUGGAUGAUCUUGUGGAAGGAGCAAAGCAAAGGGAAAUGCCCACCUGGCGCCCCAGUGGAAUCCCAGAGGAAGAUGCCCGUAGUGCUGUUGUGCCGUACCUUCUGAAGCAGCGCAGGUUCCUACAAAAGGCCCUGAAAGAAAAGGAAGAGGCUAGUGAGAAGUUGGCCCAGACUGUGCUGGCUGGUCGGAACAGAAUUGCAGACCUGCAGGAGGAGAUCAAAAAACGCAAAGAAGAAUGGCAGGCAGUUGCUCAAAAAAGCCGGGAAAUUGUAAACACUCUUGAUGAGCUUCAGUGAGGAAGCGAGGCCUUGCUGGCUGUUCACAAAUGGAUCUGUAACUGAAAAUGAAGGUAAUGUGGAAGGCCAGGAUCUGAGUGCAGAACUUGCAUACUCUCUCAUGUGGGAUUCCCUGAGGAACUGUAGUUGGGUGUAAUCUGUUGGAGUGAGAGGCUCGCUGGUUUGCAAUUCUUGUGGAGGAUUGGCUUAACAAAAUCCCACUGCCAGUCUUCUUCAAAACUUCUUUGCGUGUUUGAGGGGUGAUUUUCCUCAUGUCUGCCACAGGUAAAUCAAUGAAGGUUGCCACAAAACAUUCCAUGUUCAUAGUAGAAUCUUUGGGGUGCUGUGGGGGAGAUCUAAACACCCCUUCUCCUUAGUCCUUGAUGUAUAAAAGAAGCAGAACCAAACUUUUUUAGUUUGUGAAAUAGCCAUGUGUGUGCAUGUGUUAGUUUGGAAAGAGUGUUGAACUGCAUUAAAAUAUUACUGUUAUAA